GCUUUCUCUCUCUGGGGAAUCAGAAGAAGAGGAAGAGGACGGAGAUGGCGCUUAAAUUCUCAGUUCCGGGGGAAAUUGGGGGCGUCUCCUUCUUGGAUUCGAGCAGAGGGACCUUUCGACACCUCAAAGUGGAUUUUUCAUUUAAGAGGAGGGAGAGGAGAACGAUUUUGUCGAAGAGAACAUGUUGCUCGAUUCAGCAGAACCCGCCACCGGCGUGGCCGGGGCGAGCCGUUCCGGAGCCAGGGCGGAAGUCGUGGGACGGGCCCAAGCCUCUCUCGAUCGUUGGCUCGACCGGUUCGAUCGGAACUCAGACUUUGGACAUAGUUGCUGAGAACCCGGACAAAUUCCAAGUUGUCGCACUUGCCGCUGGAUCCAAUGUGACUUUAUUGGCUGACCAGGUCAAAACCUUCAAGCCCAAGUUGGUUGCUGUGCGAAAUGAGUCAUUGGUCGGUGAGCUAAAAGAAGCUUUAGCCGACUGUGAAGAGAAACCUGAAAUUAUUCCUGGGGAGCAAGGAGUUGUAGAGGUUGCUCGCCACCCAGAUGCAGUUACAGUCGUUACAGGAAUAGUCGGGUGUGCUGGAUUGAAGCCUACUGUAGCUGCAAUUGAGGCUGGAAAGGAUAUCGCACUUGCAAACAAAGAAACUCUUAUCGCAGGAGGUCCUUUUGUGCUUCCGCUUGCACACAAGCACAAAGUUAAGAUACUUCCUGCCGAUUCCGAGCACUCUGCAAUAUUCCAGUGUAUUCAAGGCUUACCAGAGAACGCACUUCGCCGCAUUAUUUUGACUGCUUCUGGAGGAGCCUUCAGGGAUUGGCCGGUUGAGAAGUUGAAAGAAGUGAGAGUCGCUGAUGCUUUAAAACAUCCGAACUGGAACAUGGGGAAAAAGAUCACUGUUGAUUCUGCCACUCUAUUCAAUAAGGGACUAGAAGUUAUCGAAGCGCACUAUUUAUUUGGCGCCGAGUACGAUAAUAUAGAGAUUGUGAUUCAUCCCCAGUCAAUCAUACACUCGAUGGUCGAGACACAGGACUCGUCUGUUUUGGCUCAGUUGGGAUGGCCGGAUAUGCGGCUACCAAUCCUGUACACGUUAUCGUGGCCGGACAGAAUUUAUUGCUCCGAGGUCACGUGGCCCCGACUCGACCUGUGCAAACUCGGUUCGCUGACAUUCAAAGUCCCCGAUAACGUGAAGUAUCCAUCGAUGGACCUCGCCUACGCGGCUGGUCGGGCCGGGGGAACGAUGACGGGAGUUUUGAGUGCCGCCAACGAGAAGGCCGUGGAGUUGUUCAUCGAUGAGAAGAUCAGCUACUCAGAUAUCUUCAAGUUCGUCGAGCUCACGUGCGACGCACAUAGGAAGGACUUAGUUGCAAAUCCGUCCCUCGAGGAGAUCAUACACUACGAUUUGUGGGCCCGGAAAUACGCGGCAAGUUUACAACCGUCGUCCGGCCUGAGCCCUGUCCCUGCUUGAAUAACCGCGCCGCGCCAACUCCUCGAAUAAAGAUGACGCGCUCGCGCUCAAAUCGGUAAGUCGGAAUUAUUUUCGCUUCGUUUGUCAUAUGAAGAAGUUACUAUGUGCCAGCAUGUAAAUUACUCCCUUUUAUGAAUAUAAAGCAGUUCAAUUUUGCA